AUCGGAUGUGUUCUUGGGUGUUCCCCACUUAAAACUAUUGCUCAGCCACAAUAAACUGUUUACAAGUCGACCGAAGACGUAACCGAUACAUUAACAUAAAGUCAGCGCAUGCUAGUGUUUAAUUUAAAAGAAUUUUGACCGGCGCUAUAUACCAUUGGUCAAUAAUUGCUUUGAAAUUAUUAUUAAACUAGCCAGUUUCAAGGUAUUUGACGAGUCGUAUCAUAUGUAUGAUUGUUUCGAAUAAGACGUAGUUGUCGAUAUGAUAAAUUAUUCUUCCACCACCGUCGCCAUAUUUCUGUGUCUUUUAUGUUGGACGCAAGGUCAAAAUGAGGAUUUGGACUCUUUAAUAAAAUCAGUUUUUAACGUUAAAAAUCAAUCAACUACUACUUCGACAUUAAAACCAGUAACUUCGGCUCAAGGUGUUGAUUUACAACCGGUGGAAAGUCACGGUGGAGAAGCGGGAGAAACGGGAGAUUGCGUUUGCGUACAGUAUUUUCUAUGUAAAAAUGGUACUGUUAAUACCAACGGAGAAGGUGUGAUAGAUAUUAGAAUAAACGAAGGUCCAUGCGGUAACAACUACCUCGAAAUAUGUUGUAACAGAGACAACACCGUAACCGAACCGAUUACCCCCUCUCCGGUGACUAACAAACCCAGAGGUUGCGGAUAUUUAAACACCGAAGGAGUGGGUUUCAGAAUAACCGGUGCGGCAGACGGCGAAGCUCAAUUCGGGGAAUUCCCCUACAUGGUAGCCAUCUUGCGAGAAGAAUCCGUCGAAGGGAAUCCGCUGGUAUUGAAAGUUUAUCAAUGCGGAGGGGCUUUGAUUCAUCCCCGAGCCGUUAUAACAGCAGCGCAUUGCGUGACCGGUAAAAACAAGAUUUUCAAAGUGAGGGCCGGGGAAUGGGAUACCCAACACGACGAAGAACUCUACCCUUAUCAAGACAGAGAAGUGGAAUCGAUACAAAUACACGAACAGUACUACGCCGGCGCUUUGUUCAACGAUAUCGCCAUAUUGUUUUUGAAAACGCCGGUGGAUGCCGCCGAUCACAUUUCGACUAUUUGUCUACCUCCUCAGGAGCACGUCGUGCGAUCCGGGGUGGGAUACGCCACCGGUUGGGGUAAAGAUCAAUUCGGGAAGAAAGGGAAAUAUCAAGUUAUAUUGAAGAAAAUCGAUCUGCCUGUCGUUGAUAACAAAAUGUGUCAGGAUAAAUUGAGAACGACUCGUUUGGGGAAGUAUUUCCAGUUGCACAAUAGUUUUAUGUGCGCUGGGGGUGAAAAGGGGAAAGAUACUUGUAAAGGAGACGGCGGUAGUCCUUUGAUAUUCCCCAUUGAUAACGAAACUGGGAGGUAUUAUCAAGCUGGGAUCGUUUCUUGGGGGAUAGGAUGCGGGGAGAACGGUACACCUGGGGUUUAUGUUAACGUGGCCAAGUUUAGGAAUUGGAUAGACGAACAAAUGGUUAAACACGAUCUCGAUACUUCGACUUAUAAAUAUGGAACAUUCUUGAAGGACGAAUCUUUAAGAAAAAAAAUCAACAUUUCCAUACAUGAGCCCAUUUACGAGGUACAGAUCGUUAAAGUUAGCAUAUUACAAAAACUUAAAAUUGGUUGCGGCUACAGAAACAAAUACGGAGCAGGACACCAAUUAUCCGGUGCUCGAGAUGGCGAAGCCCAAUUCGGCGAAUUUCCUUGGAUGUUGGCUUUAUUCGAAGUGGAUAAUAGAAAACGGGAGAAAUACAGAUGCGGGGCGUCUCUAAUUCAUCCUCAAGUAGCAUUGACAACUGCGCAUUGUACAGAAACCAAAAUUUCCGAUAAUAAAUUCAAAGUGAGAGCUGGUGCUUGGGAUAUGGAGCUUCUAGUAGAAAUCCUACCUUAUCAAGAUGUCGAGGUAGAUGACGUAAUAAUUCACCCUAAAUACUUACCCCAAGCUUUAUAUAAUGAUAUAGCGAUACUAAUAUUAAAAUCGCCGUUGGAAUUGGACGAACAUGUUAAUACAGUUUGUCUCCCUCCUCAAAAUUUCGUCGCGGUAGAUUCCGGAAGGGGUUUUUCGAUGGGAUGGGGUAGAAUCGAGAAGAAUUCGAAUGAAACCGCCGUUUUACUUAAAAAAAUCGAUUUGCCGUCGGUUCCGAGGGAAAAUUGCGAGCGGAUGCUUCGAAAAACUCGUUUCGGACCGUCUUAUCGAAUGCACGAAAGUUUCUUGUGCGCUGGGGGUGAAAAGGGGAAAGAUACGUGUAGAGGAGACGGCGGUAGUCCUUUGGUGUUCCCCGUAGGAGAAGAUCCUGAUAGAUAUUAUCAAGCUGGAAUCGUUGCUUGGGGAAUCGAUUGUUGGGAGGAACAUAUUCCUGGUGUUUACGUCAACGUGGCUAAAUUUAGGAAUUGGAUCGAUGAGCAAUUAACGAAGAGACGUUUCGAUGUUACUACAGAAAACAUGAAACUGAUCUUAACCUUAUUAUCGUUGGGGUUAUUAGUUCAUGGGCAAGAAAUAAACGAAGAAGAAAGAAAAAUUUUACAACAAAUUUUCACUUCCACCGAAACGAAUAAUAAUGAUUUUAAUAUGCCAGGGUUCGAGGAAGUGCCUCAAACGAAAACCGAAAGUUAUGGAGCUUUAGAAAAAUGCGGGGAAGGUAAAACGAGAGGGAUCAAAAGAUGUGUGCAAUAUCACGAAUGCGACGGAAAAACUAAUACCAUAGUGCAAUCGGGCGUUACUGAUGGUUUCGGAAUUAUUGACAUCAGAUUUGGUGGAAACAGAGAAUGCGAACACACUUUGGACGUUUGUUGUAAAAUAUCGGCGGGUGAUGUUAAUAAUAAUGAUAGUGACAUUGAUAACGGUAAUGAAAAUAACGGCACUAAAAACACUAACGACAUCGAUAAUGGUGAUAAUAAUACUCAAACCACUCCGAUUGUGGAUCAACCCAGUUUUUGCGGUAUCCGAAAUCCCAACGGAAUCGAUUUUAAAAUAACCGGAAAUACUAACGAAGCUGAAUACGGAGAAUUUCCGUGGGCCGUUGCUAUUUUAAAUUAUCAAGCCGUAUCACAAAAUGAUAACUCACCUCUCGUAUGUGGGGGUUCUUUGAUCACCCCGAAUGUCGUUCUAACUGGAGCCCAUUGCGUCUACAAAUAUAAAAUAUACGAUCUGAUAGUUAGAGCCGGUGAAUGGGAUACUCAAACUGAAAAAGAGAGGUUGCCUUAUCAGGAAAGGUCGGUUAGGAAAGUAAUUUCCCAUCCCGAUUUCAAUCCUGGUAAUCUUUACAACGAUUUCGCUCUUCUUGUAUUGAAUGACCCUAUAAAAAAAGCUAAGAACGUCGGUACUAUUUGUCUACCGCCCCAGGGGACAGUAAUCAACGAACAAAAAUGUUACGUCAGCGGUUGGGGGAAAACUGUUUUCGGAAAGGUGGGGGUGCGUCAAGCUAUACUCAAAAAAAUAGAGUUGCCCACGAUAGAACGUAGAAAAUGUCAAGACACUUUGAGAACGACUCGGUUGGGCUCUAAAUUUGAGCUUCACGGUAGUUUUAUUUGCGCCGGGGGGGAGCAAGGGAAAGACGCUUGCACUGGCGACGGCGGUAGUCCUUUAGUGUGUCCUGAUCCUUCGAAUCCGGAAAGGUACGUUCAAGCUGGAAUAGUGGCUUGGGGGAUAGGAUGCGGUACACUCAAUAUACCGGGUGUGUACGCCGACGUUGCCAAAUCUAGAUCUUGGAUAGAUCAAGAAUUGCGAAGGCUAAAUAUUAGCGACGAUGCUUAUACCAAAUAAUCGAAAAAAUUAUUAUAAAUAAAAUUAUUAUUUUUUAAAA